AAUAACAAAUUGUUCUCAAAAUAUAUUCAAAAUAAAGUCAUUUCAGUCACAAUUAUAUUAUCUGUUUAUAUAUUCACAAAUUCUUGUGUCACUUCAUCGACGGUUAAUAUAACAUCGGAAUCGAGUGAACAGUAUUUAAAUGCCAAGCGAUUGGUCACCAGAACUGAACCCAAAUUGUUGGGCAUUUUUGCCGACGGCGUGACUGACAGUACAAACUAUGUGUUGACAACUAAUGAUUUAACAAAUCGGAGGGUUGGGUCCGGAGAUAAUUUAGAGACUUUAAUAUCGACCAAAAGGCGAAUACCAAUUGAGGGCCAAUUAUUAAGCGCACAAAUAGACACCAAUUCUACGGACACUAACCGUACGUUAAAUCUAUGCAAACGAUGGAAUGUCCACAAAAAUAAUGAUGAUGAAAAUGAGCUAGAAGAAUCGUGUCUACUCGAAAGCAUGACACACAACCUAGGUGCGUCUAAUCCCAGUCAACCGCAAUCGCAGAUUGUCAUUUUCCCCAAAUAUAUGCAAAUACCGGAACCAGACAUUGAGACAAUCCCCGACACAUCCUAUAUCGCAAUGAUGGUCGACGUGUGCACUGAACCCAACGGCCAGAUACUGGUCUACGACGAGGGCUCCGAUCAGCAACUGUUGAGUUUUAGUAAUUUUGGCACCGCUUACAUGUGUAACCACUGGGAAGACAACUAUGAGAGCUUUGUUUCCGACUCUAACACCCUGCGGGUAGAGUACCGAUUGCCGCGCCCGUUCAUGGGCAAUUUGGACGAGCAGUACCAGAAGAUCGAUGACGAUCACGCGGUCGGCUCCCGAACCGUGACGGCGGACGGCGGCACCAGCUUUAAGCUCGAGAUCCAGUACUUUAAGAUUGACUUCCGAGAGACGACUGAACGGGAACUGCACUAUAUAAACGACGCCGACCAGAGGCAGGACGUCUAUUACAUACCCAACACUGUCAUCACCUAUAAGCUGAUGCCUCCGCCCGACACCGGCAGCAAGAAUAUUUCGGUCGGAGUGAUUGUAGUGAUCACUAAACUGGACAUCGAUGAGGAUGCCGGCGAUUUUGUGCUCGUGGGUCCCGGCUCUGAGCCCACGCACCGCGAGUUAAGCAAAGCCCAGAUUAUCACUAAGAAUAUCGACGAAGAGACCGACAAACCCCGGGAUCUCUAUGUUUACGCCGAUUCCGCUUAUAUUCGUUUAGUGACACAUAACUCGCUGAAGACGGGAACCGCUAUGAAGUUUCACUGGAAUGAGUCCAAUACAUACAUACAGCCCGACGACCUCUGGCCCGAAGAGAAAGUGCCCAAACGGGUGAAAGACUCGGCGGUUCAGGUCUGUGUCAUUGACCAGAGCUGUUCCCAGUUUAACACCACAUACAAGGAGUCGUUUAUCUCCGAAUUGGUGUCCAUCGCCAACGACUACCUCUUCAAUGACAAGGACCACAAGAACGACAACAAAGAUUUCAAGAAUUUGGUCUCAAAACAAUCCGUGUUUUUAUUCAAUACGGAGGACAACGUUCACGUCCACAGCGGAAAGUCGGACAUAUCGUGUCAGAUGGAAAUGGCGAUCACGAGUCCCAUUGACCAACACUGGCCAAUGGUCUCGUAUAGUAUACUAAACAAGCUAUUCUUCGGCGGUUCCAGCAGUCGGGAGAUGCAUAUAACGGAUCCAAAGGGCAAGAAGUAUACAGUGACUGACUGUUCAUAUGAGUCCAUAUCGUUCUGGCGGAUGAUUUUGCCCAUUAUUGUCAUACUUUUGGUAUCGAUUGCCCUAAUGUUGGCCGCCUGGAGAUAUCAAUACUACAAUUGGUCCAAAAUGCAGGGCUCGACCGCCAAGAAUACAAAGUACAUGAGCGCACCCGGAGGUCAACACCAGGAAGACAUACUCUUCUCAAAGGGCGGCCCCAAAGAUAAUCCAAUCUUCGUGGACGUCGAGACCUCUGCGGUCGCCAAAAGGGAUACCACUAAUAAUUUGCCCAAAAUGGAUACCAUCGGUGGACAGCCAUUGCCAGCGCAUCACAAGCCUGUGACCAAACAGGACUCGGAAGAAUCGGUCACAUCGUAUACCUCAUCGUUGGGCAAAUUACCGUCGGUUAAAGAGUCGCCAGAGUUUUCCAAAGGCCUGUUUAAUGCGACCACAAGUCGAGCCGAGAAUGAGUACGUAGUGGAGGGCCGUAGGGGUCGGGACACCACCGAUGGCGGUAUGUCUGGCGCCCGAAGUCACGACGCCAUCCGUGAGCUGAACCGCAGAUCAAACACUUUUCACGCGCCGAAGACUACCGACGAACUCAUACCACCGCCACCUCUGGUCACCAUCACU